GCUUAGUACAAGGUAAAUUGCAUCAGAUUCUCACUAUCUGGAGCACUAAACCAGUCCACUGAUGCAGAGCAACAAACACCCUUCACCUCUGAAGACUACAAGGCAGCAAGAAGAGAUUCUCCCAGAAAAAGUGUUUAAGUGAUAACUGGGUAUCUUGUUAGCAGAACAGAAAUGAAUAACUCAACGUACAUAAACUCUUCCACUGAAAAUGUGAUGGCUUUGGAAAGCCCCUAUAAAACUGUUGAGGUGGUCUUCAUCGUCCUGGUAGCAGGGUCUCUCAGUCUAGUCACCAUAAUUGGGAACAUCCUGGUCAUGGUGUCGAUCAAAGUCAACAGGCACCUCCAGACUGUGAACAACUAUUUCCUGUUCAGUUUGGCCUGCGCUGACUUGAUCAUCGGCAUCUUUUCAAUGAACCUGUACACCCUCUACACUGUGAUAGGCUACUGGCCCUUGGGGCCUGUGGUGUGUGACCUCUGGCUGGCUCUCGACUACGUGGCCAGCAAUGCCUCUGUAAUGAACCUCCUCAUUAUCAGCUUUGACAGAUACUUUUGUGUCACCAAGCCUCUGACGUACCCUGUGAAGCGGACCACUAAGAUGGCAGGCAUGAUGAUUGCAGCUGCCUGGGUUCUGUCCUUCAUCCUUUGGGCCCCUGCAAUUCUCUUCUGGCAAUUCAUUGUGGGAGGAAGGACUGUCCCAGAUGGGGACUGCUACAUCCAGUUUUUUUCCAACCCUGCUGUCACUUUUGGCACUGCCAUUGCAGCCUUCUAUUUGCCUGUUAUCAUCAUGACUGUCCUUUACUGGCAAAUCUCUCGAGCCAGUAAGAGUAGGAUAAAGAAGGCGAAAAAGGAAGCUGCACAAAACCAAGAUACAGUUUCCCCAAGCCUUGUCCAAGGUAAAAUAGUGAAACCAAACAAUAACAACAUCCCGACCAGCGGAGACGGGUUGGAGCACAGCAAAAUUCAGAAUGGAAAACCCAGUGAGGAGACUGUGACUGAUAACUGUGUUCAAGCAGAGAAGGAGAGCUCCAAUGACUCCACCUCUGUCAGUGUGGUCGCUUCCAACUUGAAAGAGGAUGAAGCUACCAAAGAUGCCAGACAGGCUUCUGCCUCCCAAGACCAUCUCAAAGCAGAGAACUCCAAGCUGACAUGCAUCAGGAUAGUCACAAAGUCCCCAAAGGGAGACUGCUGUGCCCCUACCAACACCACCGUGGAGAUCGUAGGCACGAAUGGGGAGGAGAAGCAGAAUAGUGUAGCCCGGAAAAUAGUCAAGAUGACAAAGCAGCCAGCCAAAAAGAAACCACCCCCCUCUAGAGAGAAAAAAGUGACAAGGACUAUUUUAGCCAUCCUUCUGGCCUUCAUCAUCACCUGGACCCCAUACAAUGUGAUGGUGCUCAUCAACAGCUUCUGUACAUCCUGCAUCCCUAACACUGUAUGGACCAUAGGCUACUGGCUCUGUUAUAUCAACAGCACCAUCAACCCUGCUUGUUAUGCGCUCUGCAAUGCUACCUUCAAGAAGACCUUUAAGCACCUUCUUAUGUGUCAUUACAAGAAUAUAGGAGCUACAAGGUAAAAAUAAAAAUAAUUAUGGAAAGGGUAAAGAAGUUCUAAAUUAAGUUAAAAACCCAUGAUGCUACAGCACUUUAUGCUCUUCUAUGGAAUGUGCAAUCCAGGAUGCUAGUGGAAAUACUGACACAGGGCAUCAGCUCUACCCCUGAGAACUACACUUGAAAGCAUUUUUUUAAUAAUUGAAAACAAAUCUUUAGGACGUGGGGAUGUUUGAGAAAUUGUUCAAGGAUGUGAACUGGAGGCAUAGUUCCUUACUUUCUGAGAGUAUUCUGCAGAAGGGCUUUAGAGUCUACGAUUUUUGGUCAUUCUAUGUAAAAUACUUGUUCUUCUUUUUUCUUUCCUUUUUAUUUUUCUUUUCCCCUGUAUCCGUUUAACACAUCUUCAUCUAGGGAAAAAAAAAAGAGGAAUUUUAAUAAUAACUGUGUGGAAGAAGCAUAGGAAUAUAGAAGAUCAUUGCAUAAUCCAAAUGCAUCAUGGCAGAAAUUUUCUAAAGUUUAAAGUUGUCUAACAGUUUUUUGCCACUGUCAUGUAAGAAGCUUGAUGUUGGGUACAUCGUGAUGAAAGUUAUGUUGUUUAUGACACCAUCAUUUCCAAAACUGCAUCAAUUCUGCAAGUGUACUUAUGCUCAACACGUAAUCAUUGCCUAACUUGUAUAUCAUUCAAAGUCUGCAGCUUGUCCCAUUCUACAGGCUUUUGUUCUGUGACUACUUCAUCAUGUCAGGAUGAAAGUGCAACGAUGUGGUCUCGUCCAGAUUGCUACAUCCCAAGACUACUUCAGCAUCCAUGUAAACCAAAGCUUUUGAGACAAUUCUGUUCACUUUGUUUGUCACAUAAUAUCAACGUGUGGAUUUGUCUUUUACCUCCAUCAGCCCUUUCUUCCUGUUUGCACCUUACUUGUCCAGGGCACAAAGACUGAAUAUCAAAAGUUGUAAAUUCAAAGGUCUCAUACAAUCAGCCACCAUGGUGGUCAGACAAAGGGUCUCAGCUGAAGAAUAGAAAAGAGGUUGUUACUAGGAAAAUGGAGCUUACGUCCUUUUAAAGUUGGAUGUACCAAUUAAGAGGUAUGUUGAGGCUUCACAGAAUGAAUAGAUAAUAUUAGAUCACCAUGUUCUUGACCCAUCAAAAGAUGAUUAUGAUGAAUAUACUGAGGAAAAGAAAAAGAGUGAUAUACCCACAGUGUCCAAGUUCUGGCUAAGCGCUUAGUGUGAGACUGAGGUCCUUCCUGGAUGUAUCCUGGAGAAGAUGUUACUUUCUGGAAAAGGUGUUAUCUAAAUUGCCUUUUACCUCCUUCUUAGUAACUAACUUCCAGGCACUAGUGAAGGUAUAUUUACAGAUUUUGUUACUCAAAAAACAUGGUCAGUGUCCUGAGAGUCUGUCUUCAGGAGUGAAAGCCACCCACCAAAUAAGACACCAAAUCAUUCUAUUAUUUCAUGCUACCACAUUAAAGUCUUCCAAAAUGCAUUUCAAAACAGCAGCCUCCAAGAUUACAGAGCAAUUAAUCUUACAGAUUUAAGUUUUGCAUUUGACAAGCUUAUUGGAACACAGUGUCAAAGCACUUUGGCAAUAUGACAAUUUUCAUGUUUUGUAGUACAAGUUCCCAGCAGAAAGUGAAAAUGAGGAGGAUUAAACCGCAGUAAAUUAAGGCCAUGCUAAACUCGGGAUUAAUGUGUCUUAGUAUGCAGUCAUUGAUUUUAUACCUCUAGUGAUUUCAUCCUAGUAUAACUAAGUGUCUCCAUAUAGCCCAAGGAUCUAAUUUUGCAACCCUCACUUGCCUUGAGUCACGUUUACUAUCACUAUUUUCAUCUUCCUGCUUGUAAGGAAGAAUAACUCAAUGAAAAAGCUUUCUACUUGCCUUUCAAAACUACAUUCAUUAGGUUUAUCUUGACAGGUCAAAGGAAAGACUUAAACUAUCAUGUCUAGGUUAUUCAUUCUCUUACAAUGUUAAAAAAAUCCAAAUAAAAAACAAAGAUAAAA